GCAGUCGUCAGUCGACAGUGCUCAGUGUCGAGUCGUCAGGGCUCAGUCGCUAGACGUCUGUCGCAAAUCGUCAGUCAUCGGUCGUCAGUCGUCAGUCGCCGUUCGUUUUUUUAUCAGUAGGUAGCUGCGCCGAUCAUAUCCAUGCGAGAAAAGUGUUGAAACCAGCGAGUGUGUCAGUGCAUCAGCCACACCGCCGAAUCGGCCUCUCGUGGCAGUGUGGCGUGAGAUCAGCCAAAGAACGGCGUAAGAAGAGGAUCAUUCAUCGAGCUAAGGCUUGCACGGCAUUUUUGGCAGCUUCAACAUGAGACUACCGUUGGCGCUGCUGUGGGCGACACUGGCACCCAUCGCCCUCGCCGAACUCUGCGUCUGUCCUCCCGGCUUCCACCCGCUCGGCACGGACGGGUGCUACCAUCUGGUGGCGGACGGUAGUUUCGGGGCCGUCCAGGUGGCGUGCCAGUCGCUCGGUGGGCAGCUGCUGAAUGUCGCCAGCGCCGAGGAAGACGCUGCGGCGCGCUCCGUGAUGACCAAACAUUGUAGAGCCAUGGUCUGGAUCGGGCUUCAUGACGAGAGUGAGAGCAGCGGAGAGCCGGAGUGGAGAUGGUCGGACGGCUCGGCGCCCACCUUCACCGACUGGCACCGGGAGCCGGGGACAGGCCGGUGUGUUGUCAGCUGGCUCCACGGCGGCUGGCAGCAGCGCGACUGUCGUCUGCCCGCCCCCGGUCUCUGCGUUCAUCCGUUUACCCCACCGCAGCCCUGCGAGCCGCCGCCCGACCGACUCCACCGCCACCUAUCGGCCGGCGAUGACAGGUGGAAGUUGGUGCCACCGCCGCCAGAGGCGCCACUACCGCAGCUGGCCUGGCCCCCGCAGUGGCUGCAGCAGAGGUUUGUGCUGCGAGACGCGCCCGUACAGUGGCACCAGUGGCUGUGAGUGACGCCAGACGAGACAGGAUGCUGGCAGCAGCUGACGCCAUGGCGGUUUGGCAGGGAUGGAUGAUGGAUCCCAGGUGUAAUUACCAACUACGAAUAGAACGUCACAGCAGACCGCUGCA